UGUACGCAGUUUAAAACAAUGGUGUUCAGAGGCGAGUGCGAUUUUGUGUUCUUGAUUGUCAUUUUGGGUUUGGUCGAAUCGAAAGAAGUGAUUUGGAGGUUUGACACUGACAUAUCAAAUCCUGAUAAUUGGGUUGAUGGUAAAUUGGCGGCUGGUUGCAAAGGAGUGCAUUUUGCGGCGGUUAAUUCGGCUCCAGUGUAUGUGGAUAGAUUGACGGCCAUCGAAUUGACGUUUCCGCAGGACGGAGAGAUCUACUUUUCGAAUGAUGUGGUUGUAGAAUUUAAGGACAAUAGAAAAUGCAUCAACCUCAAACCCUUAAAUUACUACGACUGGUACGACCCUGACAGCUGGCGUCUGGCCGAUAACAAUGCCGCCAUUCCGGACAAAGAGAAAAUUCCAUGCCGACACGAUGAUGUCAUUCUACCGAAACUAGAACACACCCCUAUCGACCACCACACCUACACAACAGCCAUCGUCAACUCCGUCAAGAUCACAGACAAAAACCUUCCGUUCAACAACAUGAGCCCGGACGACAACGUCGUCAUCAUGACUGAUCCACGAAAAUGUUCAGACCCAUAUGGCUGCCUCUGCCACGACCAACCCAUCUUCUGUCCCACUAAACAAACCACCCAGAAACUAAAAUGCUCGGAUCCUGUCACUCCCGAGGAAUUCUGUCGGGAGAUUUGUGGUGCGUACUUGACGUACACACCUGGGGAGGGACCGACUCUGGAGCAGGUGAAGAAGCACUUGAAGGAGUUCGAAGCGGAUACCUAUGUUAGUCGGGUGAAGAAUUAUUUGGGGAAGGAGGUGGUGCAGGUUGUUUUCAGUGAGAAGGAGUAUAGUGGGAGGAGUUUGGAGGAAGCGGAGAGAUUUCGGGGGUUCUUGCAGUCGGCGAAGGCUGAGAGUCUGCACAUUUAUAAGUCUGGGAAUUAUUAUGCGGAGGGUGGAAGCGGGCUGUCGAUUGUUUUUGGGAGUCUUGUCUCAGUUUUGGUUUUCUUUGGCGUUGUUUUUUAUGUGUAUGGGGAUGGUUCCAUCAAUGUCAUGGUCAGUAGAUUCAGCAGUGGCAGAGGUUCCAUCUUCAACACCCCUUUCUUCGCCCGUUUCGACAACACGGACGAAAACCUCAUAAUCGACGGUCAAUCAGAAAGCGGCUCCAUCCUGGACAUCCCCAAGUCCUUCGACAAUCCCAUGUAUGGCCAAAGCACCUCAACUUCGGAUUCUCAGCACGAAAACCCCCUUUACGAAGUGACGAAAGACGCCGACGCCGAAGAAUAAAAAUACUUUCGAUUGUUGCAACCAGCGCUUAACUGAAUUAAAUAUCCGUGUCGUAUUGUAUGAGUUAAGUCAUCGUCUAAUGACGACACUAUUAUUAUUUUUACUACUAAAA